GGACCGGGAAAGUCAGGGAAGAAUUGACUUGGCACCAAAAAGAAGCUGGCUGGGGCUAGGAAGCACGCUAUUGGCCCCACCAUUGACAAAGAAGGAGGCGUAGAUGCUGAUAGGAUGAAUAGCUAUGCCCCUGCUGUGGUGAUAGACAAUGGCUCUGAGGUGCUGAAGGCAGGCUUGGCCGGAAACAGGGACCCCCAGUUCAUUUAUGCCAACAUAACAGGCCGGGCGAAGGGCAAACCCGGGGCCUCCGAAAACUCACAGAGGGAUCUGUUUGUGGGUGAGGAAGCCCAGGCCAGGAGAGGCUCCCUCUCUAUCAGCUAUCCAGUGGCACGGGGCAUUGUCACCUCCUGGGCAGACAUGGAAGCCGUGUGGAGGAAUGUUUAUGAACAUAACUUGAAAAUGAAGGCCUGUGAGAGUCCUGUGAUGCUCACAGAGCCAGCACUGAACCCCCUGGCUAACAGGGAAAGGAUGACCGAGUUAUUCUUUGAGAGUUUUGAGGUGCCGGCCCUUUUUGUCUCUAUCCAGUCUGUCCUGGCCCUCUUUGCCUCAGGCUAUACAACAGGCUAUGUGCUGGAUUCAGGUGCUGGUAUAUCCCAGUGUGUGCCCGUCUUUGAAGGUUACUGCCUACCUCAUGGUGUCCUUCGGCUGGAACUGGCUGGACGAGAUCUCACCGAGUACCUUAUUAAACUCCUCCAGGACCACAACAUCUUGCUUCUCAGCCCCUCGGACAAAAAGAUUGUCAAUCACAUCAAAGAGAACCACUGUUAUGUAGCUGCCAACUUUGAAGAGGAACUGACCAAGAAUCCUGCCAUGUUGGAGAAAACUUACAAAUUGCCCGAUGGAAAGACCAUCAAACUUCAUGAUGAGAUGUUCAGAUGCCCAGAGAGUCUUUUUCUUCCAGGGCACCUGAAUUUGGAGGCUCCUGGCAUUGACAAGCUCUGUUUCAAUAGUAUAAUGAAAUGUGACACAGAUUUAAGGAACAUCUUCUUCUCCAAUAUUGUCCUUGCUGGGGGAUCGACCUGUUUCCCUGGUUUAGAUAAGAGGCUAGUAAAAGAGCUGGCCCUCAUGGUGCCUGCCAAGACUUCUGUGAGGGUUUCUGCCCCACCAGACAGGAAAAUAUCUGUGUGGAUGGGAGGUUCCAUCCUUGCCUCCCUCUCUGCCUUUCAGGAUAUGUGGAUCACUGCUACAGAAUUUAAAGAGGUCGGACCCAACAUAGUACAUCAGCGAUGCUUCUGAAAAUCCAUUACUGAUAAGAUGCUAAGGGGAAAAAAAUGUGUGUGUGCAUGAAAGAAAGAAUAUGUGCAAAAGAAAGAAAGAGAGAGAGAGAGAGAGAGAGAGAAUUUGAAGAGAUUUUACCUAAUUUUUUUCUGAGAGAGCAGAAAACAUUUUAGCUAUGCCUUUGCUCCAAUUCCAUAAUAAAACAUUG